UUAACAUACUGCCAUAUUAUCCACUACAUCCGUCCAAUUGAAUUACCCGGCUGCAGACCAACAAGCCGAGGUCUGCUUUGAUAACUAAACUCAGUCGGAAAGGGAAAAAACGUAACAUAUUUUUUUAACCUCGUAAAGUAGGAGUUUUUGCGAGAAAGUGCGACACAGGUUUUUCCUCCCGAGAAUGUGUCGAAACCGUGGUUAACUAGAGAAAACGAUCAACAAGUUGGAGUCCCUUCGAUGGAGAGAACUACAUGAAAUCCCCUGAACUUCAACACGCAGAGGACAAGCAGCCGUACAGAGAGCGUUUAGAGACGAGGCUACUUCCCCGCACACACACAGUGAAACAGAAGGAUGUUGUCUCGUGUGUAUGAGCUGAUAUGGGCAGACUGGAUCUGGUUUCCUGAAGGCCACGGCUGGGCUGAUCUGACUGACCACGACGAUGUAGUCUUCCCUAAACCAAGGGACCUCUGGGCCACCAUACCCAUUGCCCUUUGCUUCUUGGUCAUCAGACAGAUAUUUGAGAGGACGGUAGCGACUCCUCUCGCCUCCCUGCUGGGAGUGAGUGACAAGAAGCGUGUUUGUGCUUCUCCAAAUCCUGUCCUGGAGUCUUUUUUCUGCAGCACAUCAAAGCAUCCCACACAGAGCUCCAUAGAGAGUUUAUGUAAACAGACGGACUUUUCAGUGCGACAGGUCCAGAGGUGGUUCAGGCGGCGGAGGAACCAGGAGCGGCCGAACAAGCUCAAAAAGUUUCGGGAAGCGAGUUGGAGAUUUACCUUUUACCUUGUUGCUUUCUUUGCUGGCCUGGCUGCCCUUAUCGAUAAACCAUGGUUCCACGAUAUGAAGCUGAUGUGGGACGACUUCCCAAAAAUGCCGCUGUUGCCUUCACAGUACUGGUACUACAUGAUCGAGUUGGGCUUCUAUAUCUCGCUGCUUUUAAGCGUAGCCUCGGAUAUCAAACGUAAGGAUUUCAAAGAGCAGAUAAUUCACCAUAUAGCCACCAUCUCCCUCAUCAGUUUCUCCUGGCUGGUCAACUACAUCCGGGGAGGAACUCUGGUCAUGUUAGUGCAUGAUUCCUCUGACUAUCUGAUGGAGUCAGCCAAAAUGUUCAACUAUGCAGGUUGGAGGAAAACCUGCAACUUCAUCUUCACCCUGUUCGCUGCAGUUUUCAUCUUCACCCGCCUUGUCAUCCUCCCCUUCUGGAUCAUAUACACGACGUGUGUGUACCCCCUGACCCUCUACCCUCCCUUCCCCGGUUUCUACUUCUUCAACGGACUGAUGCUCGUGCUGCAGGUUCUGCACAUCUUCUGGGCCGCACUUAUCCUGCGCAUGGUCGUCAAGUUCCUGCCUGGCAAAGACAUCGUAGAGGACGAGCGGAGCGACAAAGACGAGACCGACUCUGAAGACGAAGGAGAAGACGGCGAGCUUAGGGAAAAAUCUAAAAAUGGCCAUGUGCAGAAUGGCCACACUCCCCUCAACAACAACCACCGUAAGAUUGACUAAUGGGACCGUGAGGAGCUGGAGGGGAGGCUGUGUGAGGGAGAGUCACACGUGGCCUUCACUUGAAAGCCAAAGAACGGGGGCGUGGCAUGUUGAAAGAGGCAUCGGGCAGCACACACGCGCACACACACACACCUACCUGCCUUUAUCCCAUAUCCUUUCUGAACCCCUGGAUAAUGAUGAGACUAAAACUACGAUGAAGAACCACUAUGAUCUGCUAAGCACCUUAGCAGCAGAGAGGUUGUCUGGUUACUCUGUAUCCUCUUUUCUCCCCCUCCUCUAGCCUGGUUUUGCAUUUUUGUUUGUGCUGUUGACCAAGUCACCACCUGCCUAACCUGCCUGCCUGUAGCUUUAAGUUUGUUGCUAGAAAUGUUUGCAAGACAUGCUGUGGUCAGGACGGGCCUUCCCUUCCUGCACAGUGAGUUAAAACCCUUCUUAGUAUUACCGCUCUUAAAUCAGACUGAUGUUUCACUCUUAAUAACCAAACAGCCGCAUUGUGAGGAGGAGUCUUUUCUAUGGACCUUUAAUCUAAUUUAUUGACUGAUCUUCAAGAGUUAAUAAUUACAUUUUGCAACUUAGUUGUUGCAGCUACCAUAUGGUCACUUUGGGUCUUGCCAAUGGAGUUGCUAAAAUGUAACUGUUCCAGUAAUGUUUAAAAAUAAUAAUUAGUAAAUAAUAUGGUUUUUAAUAGUGUGAAAGAGAGCAACACGGCGAUACAUCGGUGCCACGUGUUGUUCAAAUGUGCCUUUUGUCGGAGUAUGUCUUAAGUGCUUCGCCUUUUCGGGAAGCAGAGCACACAGAAGAUUGAUGUUGUUCAGGUGUAAACAGAUUUUUGUUUAUGCAUUGUAUCUUAUUUUUUAGUUUUUAUGAUUUUAUUUGCUUUGUGUUGUUUUGUUUUCAGCCAUGUUGACCAUUUAAGUUUGGGAGCAAUUUGUUUGAGAGGAGCCCAAAAACAAUCAGUGACUGUUAAUGGAUUCUUCUUCAUGGGCUGAGUCCGGAGCAUUUCCAUUCAGUGUUGUUCUUCCCAUCCAUCCAAAGAUGCACUUUAUGGUUAACUCCAUCGAUGGUCAUUGAUUUCAUAUCUUAGAAACAAGCUUAGUAAUAGUGUUUGAUUCACAUUCAAACCUGAUUUAGUUCAGAACGGUUUGGAGUAUGAUUUAAAGUUUGUUUUAUAUUUAUUCUCAGAAUUAUUAUCCACCCAAGAUCUUCCUCUUUGUGUUUUUGUAAAAAAAAAAGAAAAGAAGAGUUUAAUAAGAAUUUAAGGAAAGAGGUAAAAAUGAAACACCAAAGUUUACAUUUUCUAAUUGCCUUAUUCAGUUUCAAGUGCCUUCAUUAUUUGAUGUGUUAAUCGUCCCUCUGUCUUGAUAUCUGACAUCUUUGUGUCCCAACACAUCCAACACUUUUUGCACUGUAACGCUCUGGGCCUAAAAAAAAAAAUGCUUUAUGAUUGGCUCACAGCCACAGAUCUCCUGCAGCUCCCUCUACAGAGCUCUGCUGAAACAGGAAGUGUUUUUAUUCUGUGUUCUGUGUUCCUGAGAUGUAAAAUCAUAAUGACCAUGAUGAUAAAAAGAUAAUUGUGAAUGAC